AUGCCGAAGCGCACGCCACACAAUGGCCUGCAUCAACUUUACCAGAUCUUACGGUUCCAGAGACAAAACCAUCGGGAUAUGGAGGAUGAUGAAUUUGUCAGUAAAAUGUUCUUAUUCUUCGACAUGAAUGAAAAGAAAUUGUCUCUUUGCAAAUACUUCCGCCUCAUUAUCGUUCUUUUUUCUUCACUCUUAUUUUCUUUCUUUUCUUUUCUUUAUGUAAUUAAUUUAUUUAUUUCUUCCCUAUUCUUUCUUUCUUUCUUUCUUUCUUUCUUUCUUUCUUUCUUUCUUAAUCCUUUCCUUACGUUUCCUCUUUCUUUCUUUCUUUCUUUCUUUCUUAUAUUUAAAUAUCCGUCCUUUCAAACUUCUUUUUAUUCUCUUUCUUUUUCGUUUUUCAUUCCUUUCUUCCUUCCUUUCUUUUUCAUAUUUCAACAUCCUUCCUUUAAUUCUGUUAUUAAUACCUCCUCUUCAUUCUCUUUCUUUCUUUCUUUCUUUCUUUCUUCGUCAUACUUUCACAUUCAUCCUUUAUUUGUAUUAUUAAUACCCCCUUCUUAUUGCCGUUCAUGCUUUCUUUAUUUUUUCUAUCUUAUUUUUGUCCUUCUUUCUUUCUUUCUUUCUUUCUUUUUCUUGAUUAUUUAUUUCUUAUAUUUUUCUUUCUCUUUGUUUUUUUUAUGUUUCCUCUUCUUUUCUUCGUUCCUUUCUUUCUUUCUUUUUCCACGUUCUAUCUUUAAUUUGAUUCUUAUUAUCUCCUCCUCUAUUUCCUCUCUUUCAUUCUGCCUUUCUCUCUUUUUUCUACCUCUUUCCACAUUUCAUUAUUAA